AUGGAGGAGAUCGGUGCCAAUGUUGCAAUAACAUGUGCUGACAGAUUGGUAGAUUUAGGAAUAAAAACACUUCCGUAUUUGUGUUACUACAAUAGUUAUGUUGAAGAGUUUAAAAGGGAAAGAGGAAAGUUGUCAGCUGAAAUGGAGAGUGUGCGCAAAGAUAUAGAAGUAGCUAAAACAAGAAAAAAUGAAACUGAAGUUGAUGAUGUAGUUGAGAACUGGCUUCAAGAAGGGGAAAACAUUAUUCAAAAAGACACUAAACCAAAGAAAUGGUUUGGUUUGUGUGUCAAUUUCUUUUCCCAAUGUUCACGAGCCAUGGAAUUGGAGAGGUUAACGACGAAAGACAUUCCAAGACUAAUUGAUCAACGCAAGGGCUUCACUCGAGUUGCACGUUCAGCUAGAGCUCCAGGCAUCGCAUAUCAUUCACAAGAGUUUAUGUAUUUUGAGAGCAGAAGGUUGAAAUUUGAACGACUUUUAGCGGUACUUAGAGAUGAAAAUAAUCAUAUGAUUGGAUUGCAAGGGAUAGGAGGAGCAGGGAAAACCACAAUGGCAAUCGAAGUUGGGCAACAAGUUGAAUCAAAGUCCUUUGGUAAAGUCAUCUUCAUUAGUGUGUCUACCCUUAUGGAUGAAAAAAGGAUUCGAGAUGACAUUGCAAAGCAAUUGGAAUUGCAAUUAGAGGAAGAGAAACAAGUAACACACGCACAACAAAUAUGGACUAGGAUUGUGAAUGCUGGAAAGGUACUCAUAAUACUUGAUGAUGUGUGGGAAAAGCUUGAUCUUAAGAACAUAGGGAUUCAGCCUGGCUUCCAUAGCACGGGUACCUGUAAUGUUUUGCUAACCACACGUUAUGCAAACAUUUGUACCCAAAUGGGAUGCCAAAAGAGUAUUCAACUUGGUGUCUUACCUAAGAAGGAUGCAUUGAAUCUUUUCCUUUCUCAUGCUCUUGAAAUUGGUCAGGAUUGCCUUGAAGAUUCAAAGAAAGUGGCAUUAGAUAUUGUGAUUGAGUGUGGAAGGUUACCUGUUAUAAUUGUAGCAGUGGCAAAAACCUUAAGAAACUGGCAUCCAAAUGAAUGGCAUCAUGCUUUGAUAGCAUUGAAAAAGAAGCUUGAGACUCUUGAAUUGAUUAAUUGUUCAAUUAUUGAAUUGCCAAGUGGAAUUAGUGAGUUGGACAAUUUGAGAUUUCUAGGCUUGAUGCGUUGCUUGAUUGAGAGGAAUAAUCCAUUUGAAGUGAUUGAGAGAUGCUUGCAACUCGAAGAAUUGUAUUAUGUUUUGAAUGAGGAUUAUAUGGCCAAGGGUGGAAAAGAUCCUCAAAUUACAUUCCUUCCAGAAUAUCAAAGAUAUCACAUAGAUGGAAGCAAGUUCUCUACCUUCUAUUCUGCUCAGUUGGAUACUUCAAUAAAAAAAUGUUUCAAGCCGGGCGAGUUACAAUUUAUCUUCUCCAAACAAAUGAUUAAAUCCUUGGCAGCAAGAGCAGAGAUUCUAGAGUUAGAAGUUUAUGAAAGAGGAUGGAGCAACCUUAUUCCUGACAUUGUUUCAAUUGAUGAUCAUGGAGCCAUGAAUGACUUAAUCAAGCUUUCUUUGAAGUCUUGGCUUGAGGUAAAGUGUUUGAUCCAUACAGAGCAUCUACAACUAGAAUUUGGUGUGACUAUCUUCUCCAAGUUAGUUGAACUGCAGCUUGAUAUCGUGGGUGUGAGAGAAUUAUGUCAUGGUCGUUAUCCUACUGGCUUUCUCAAGCAACUACAGAAGCUGGAGUUAAAGGCAUGUCAAAAGUUAGAAGGCACAUUAUUUAAGGGGAAGCUAGAGUUGGGUAAUCUCAAGUCUAUAGAAAUAGUGGAUUGUUCAAUGAUAUGUCUUUUUCAUCCAUCCACUGCUCAAACUUUAAAGGAACUAGAAACGUUUAAGAUCAAUGAAUGUUCUGAGCUGAAAUACAUAAUGAGGGAUGAGGGAUCAUCAAGAGAGGAGAAAAAGGAUGAAAAGGAUCUUAAUCCAUGGAGUCAUGACUUAAUGUUUCCAAAAUUGAAACACCUCGAUGUCAAACGGUGUAGCGAAUUGGAAUUCAUAUUGCCAAUUUGUUUGUGUGAAGAUCUUCCAUUGCUAGAAAGUAUGGAGAUUUCGGAAUGUCAAAAGAUAAAAUAUAUAUUUGGGCAAUAUUCAAGAGAGGGAGGGCUGUAUCAAUUGAAAAAAGAAAUCAUCCUCCAUUCGCUAAAAGUAAUGUCUAUUGAGGAUGUUUCAGAAUUUGUGGACAUAUAUCCCGAAUGUUAUCUCCCAAAAAAAUCAGCGGUAAAUACAAGUGAGGUGUCAAAGGUAAAAGACAAGAGUCCAACUCACAAUGUUUCUUGGGGUCCUUUAUGUUGUUUUAUGUCAAAAUCAAGCACUACAAAUGAAGAUGAUCUAUCUAUGUUCAAGGCAACUCAGUUGGACCCCACUACUUCCCAGGCAUUAAAGGAGGAGAAAUAUGUUGGGAAUAUAGCUCACGGAAUUUUUACUCCACCAUUAUACCCAUUCACUUUAAGAGAGAUGAAGAUGGGAGGUAUUACCAAGUUAACGUCGAUGUUUUCUGUAUCCAUUGCCUCAUCGUUGAAAUCAUUGGAAAAAUUAGAAGUUAGAGGGUGGGAUGCAUUGGAGCAUAUAAUAACAGACGAGGGCCAUUGUGGUCAUGAUCAUAUGAAUGCCAACUCUAUCUUCCCCAACUUAUACACUGUUGAAAUCUAUAGAUGUGACAAGUUGGAAUCUAUAUUUCCAGCUUCUUGUUCUACAAACCUUUUGCACUUGCAAUCUGUGCUUAUUGAGGAGGCCCGUGAGUUGAAAUAUGUGUUUGGAAAAUCUUAUGGUGAUGAUGAUUUACUUCGUCACCAAUCAUGA